AUGUGUACCGACACUACCGUGAAAGACAGACAUUUCAAGACUAUAACCCACGACAAAGAGAGACGAUCAUUUCAAACGAAGGUUUCAGUCCCAGUAGUCAACUUAGGAGUUCAUCGCCACAAUUUUAAGAACGAAGACGAUCACCAUCCCAAUGUAGGCGUAGAAAUAUAUCACCCUCUCCAGACAGACGUUCUAGUCGCUCACCAUCUAGGCGUUCAAUGGAAAACUAGAAGAAGCGCCAUUCUUCAGAGAUUGACGGUCAGCAACCGAACGCAGCCACACAAAUUCAUUGCGCUAGAAAAAUUUAGCCAUGAUGUAAUUUUGGGUUGGGACUUCUUACACGCCUCACGGGCUAUUAUUGACUGUGGCCGCAAGGAACUGGUGCUAGAAGAUACCUGGGACGAAAUAGCACAUAAGGAACUCCAACAAAGCCGUCUUUGUGUAGUAGAGGAUUGUGAUAUUCCUCCUAUGACCAUAAAAAUAAUUCAAUUUGAUAUUAUGCUCACCACAGGCCUAUCAACUGAACAGAGAACUAGGUUGAAUAAUAUUUUAAGGGAAUUCAAAAACGUUUUUCUACCGAAGAAAAAUCGAUCCGAAAACGUCGUGAAACAUCACAAAAAUAUAGGAGAUCAUCAGCCUAUGAGCCAAAGACCAUAUAGAGUUUCUGUUGCUGAGCGGCGUAUUAUACAAGGCUAGGUAGACAAAAUGCGUACUCGAGACAUCAUUCAGGAAUCUCAAAGUCCAUGGUCUUCUCAGUGGCGUACACAAGGGAGGGGUUUAGGGGUUUAAACUCCCCCCUUGAGCUCAGACAAAAUGGUAAAAAUGAAAAUUUUAGUCGAAAUUAUG